UUCUUUGAUUUUGCGGUUGGGUAGGCUUUCGACUGGUACAGUAUGGCCACUCUGAAGACGUUUCGGACGCUCGUUCAGCUGAAGCACAAACUAGGUAAAGCCUAUGAAAUUGUCGGAGAGCCCAGGCUGCCCAAGUGGUUCCAUGUCGAGUACCUGGAAGAUCCAAAAAAAAUGUACGUGGAACCUACGCUAGUGGAAAUCAUGUUUGGAAAGGACGGAGAGCACAUCCCGCAUGUUGAGUGUACGUUGCAUGUCCUGAUUCACGUGAACGUCUGGGGCCCCGAAAAGCAAGCUGAGAUUUUGAUAUUCGGACCGCCUAAUUUUCAAAAGGACGUGGCUCAGAUGCUUUCUAACGUGGCUCACUUCUGCCGCAUGAAGUUGAUGGAAAAGGAGGCUCUGGAGGCUGGAGUUGAGCGUCGUCUUAUGGCCGCCAGUAAGGCGACCACCCAGCCGACUCCCGUGAAGGUCCGCGACGCUGCCACCCAGGUGGCUCCGGUGCAGGUCCGCGACGCUGCCAUCCAGCCGGCUCCCGUGAAGGUCCGCGACGCUGCCACCCAGGUGGCUCCGGUGCAGGUCCACGAGGUAGCCACCCAGCCCGUUCCCGUGCAGGUCCGCGACGCUGCCACCCAGCCCGUUCCCGUGCGGGUCCGCGACGCUGCCACCCAGCCCGUUCCCGUGCGGGUCCGCGACGCUGCCACCCAGCCCGUUCCCGUGCGGGUCCGCGACGCUGCCACCCAGCCCGUUCCCGUGCGGGUCCGCGACGCUGCCACCGAGCCCGUUCCCGUGCAGGUCCGCGACGCUGCCACUCAGCCCGCUCCCGUGCAGGUCCGCGACGCUGCCACCCAGCCGGCUCCGGUGCAGGUCCGCGACGCUGCCACCCAGCCGGCUCCGGUGCAGGUCCGCGACGCUGCCACCCAGCCGGCUCCGGUGCAGGUCCGCGACGCUGCCACCCAGCCGGCUCCGGUGCAGGUCCGCGACGCUGCCACCCAGCCGGCUCCGGUGCAGGUCCGCGACGCUGCCACUCAGCCGGCCCCGGUGCAGGUCCGUGAGGCUGCCACGCAGCAGACUCCCGUGGAGGUCGCUGAUGAUACCCAGUUGGUUCAGUUGAAGGCUGGUGAAGCCUUCGCCCAGCACACUUCAGGGAAAGUCCACCAGGAUGUCAAUGGGCAGUCUCCCAUUGAAGUCUGUGAGGGUGCCACCCAGCGGCAUUCUGUAGAUGCCUCUGAGGCCUUGUCCCAGAAGUGUCCUGAGGAUCUUGAGGGGGGGGAUACCGAGACUUCCUUGGAUGACAGCUAUGUCAUAAUUCGCCCUUCAAGAGCUGUCUGGGAACCCUUUGUCAUGUUAUAAAUGCAUCUCUGGUGUGAGCCAAGAUAAAUGGCACACACCUGCAAAUCCAGAACCUAGAGGCAGGGCGUUAGCCUGGGGCUGAGUAAGGCCAGUGGUCUUAAACCUCAGCCUGCCUAAGACUGACUCCCUUCAUCUUUCUUUCUGGUUGUUUUUACCCUAGGAAUUGGGAAGAACGGAGUAGAGCGGUUUUGUUUCCCCCUUGUGUUACAUGUUUGCAAACAAUUUAGAGUAUUGGAAUAAAAAUUGCAUGCCU